ACCCCACCCCUAAAUAUCCACCCCCAAACACCACUACUCACCACUCUUGAGUCUUAUCAAAACCUCCAUCUCACAAUUCCAAUCUUUUCUUGUUAAACCUUCAAACCCCAUGUGGGUUCUCUUCCAGGUUCACCAACUCAGCCACUAGUUUCAUCAAAAUCACAGCUUUACAGCAAUGGGUACUGGCACUUCAAGGAAUCUUGACAGCAGCUCUCAUGGCAGUGGAGAGGAGAAAGAUGGUGGUCAACUCUAUGUUUCUUUGAAGAUGGAGAAUUACAAUGUCAAAGGAGACCUUGUUCCUCAUGUUUAUGGCUCUGUUCCUCUUGUUGGUUCUUGGGAUCCUUCAAAAGCUCUUCCAAUGGAACGCGAGUCAACCUCAAUGUGGGAAUUAAGUUUUGUUGUCCCUCCUAAUCAUGAAACUUUGGACUUCAAAUUCUUAUUGAAGCCGAAAUACAACAAUGUGCCGUGCAUAGAGGAGGAAGGCCCGAACAGGCAGUUCAUGGGUGGUACCUUGCAAGGCGUUGCACGUUUGGCGGUUUUCACGUUUAAUACAGAUGAGAUUCUUGAAUAUCAAGUGUUCAUUAAGGCCAACAGGGUCUCACCGUUUGAUCUUGCCGCUAGUUGGAGAGCUUAUCAAGAAAAUCUUGAACCCUCCACUGUUCGCGGGAUUCCCGACGUCAGCAUAAAUUCGUUGCCUGAGGGUGUCGAGAAUGGCUCUUCAACCAGUUUGGACCUUGAUCUUGAACAAUAUUUAGUUCCGGCCCCUGCAACUUCUGUCGUUUACGCUGCUAAUAUGACCGAGACUCCACGAUCUCUUAAAAAAGGUGGAGCGUUUUCCAGUGCUGACGUGUCAAACAAAGACACAAGUGUUUCUAACGAUCGUCCCGCAACCAUAAAGGAAAUGGAAGUUGUUAUCCCGGACCCACCUAAGCUGUUUCAUCUACCUGGCAUGGUUGAAUCGAAAUCGGUGGGUACAAUCUCACCAAUACAAAAGCAAGAUAGUUAUAAAGCGCUUUAUGUGGAUAGAGGUGUGGGGUCACCUCGGUUGGUCAGAUCAGCGAGCGCACAUACUUUGACCACUGCUGGUAAACCUGAUUCAGGAGCCAAGAACAAGAUUCCAGCGGCUGCUGGGGCUGUUGCAGCGGCAGCUGUUGCUGAUCAAAUGCUUGGACCGAAAGAAGAUAUGCAUCUGGCCAUUGUUUUGGUUGGGUUGCCAGCUCGUGGCAAAACUUUUACGGCUGCUAAACUUACAAGGUAUCUCCGUUGGUUAGGACACGACACGAAACACUUUAAUGUUGGCAAGUAUCGACGGCUCAAGCAUGGAACUAAUCAGAGUGCUGAUUUUUUCCGGGGUGAUAAUACAGAAGGCAUGGAAGCCCGAAAUGAGGUAGCAGCUCUAGCAAUGGAUGAUAUGACAGCUUGGAUGCAAGAAGGUGGCCAAGUAGGAAUAUUUGAUGCCACAAACAGCACUAGUGAGCGAAGGAAUAUGCUUAUGAAAAUGGCUGAAGGCAAAUGCAAGAUCAUAUUUUUGGAAACAAUCUGUAAUGACCGCCAAAUAAUUGAAAGAAAUAUCCGACUCAAGAUUCAACAGAGUCCCGAUUAUGCUGACGAGCCAGAUUUUGAAGCUGGGUAUCAGGACUUUAAAUGUAGACUUGAUAAUUACGAGAAGAUUUAUGAGCCGGUUAAUGAAGGCUCAUAUAUUAAAAUGAUCGAUAUGGUUAGCGGCCAUGGGGGCCAGAUACAAGUGAACAACAUCAGUGGUUAUCUUCCCGGCCGAAUUGUGUUUUUCUUGGUGAAUACGCAUUUGACGCCUAGACCGAUUUUGCUUACAAGGCAUGGUGAGAGUCGUGAUAAUGUGAGAGCAAGAAUUGGUGGUGACACUCCCUUAAGUGGAAAUGGGGAGCUUUACGCCAAAAAGCUUACUAAUUUCGUUGAGAAGCGACUAAAAAACGAACGGGCUGCUUCUAUAUGGACAAGCACGUUGCAACGAACAAUUAUAAGUGCAAAUCAAAUUGUUGGCUUUCCAAAGAUACAAUGGCGUGCACUUGAUGAGAUAAAUGCUGGUGUAUGCGACGGUAUGACUUACGAAGAGAUAAAGAAGAAUAUGCCUGAUGAAUACGAAUCAAGGAAGAAAGAUAAACUCAGGUAUCGGUAUCCUCGUGGAGAGUCGUAUCUCGAUGUGAUACAAAGGUUGGAGCCAGUUAUUAUCGAGCUUGAACGACAACGUGCACCCGUCGUAGUUGUAUCUCACCAGGCUGUUCUAAGAGCUUUAUAUGCCUAUUUUGCUGAUAGGCCAUUGCAUGAAAUUCCACACAUAGAGAUGCCACUUCAUACGAUAAUCGAGAUACAAAUGGGAGUGACCGGUGUGCAAGAGAAACGGUACAAACUCAUGGAUUGAUUGAUGAUCAUGGAAAUCAAGAAAUGAAUUCUUGAUCCUGUUUGAAGGAACUCUGGGUAUAUGUAUAAUAUAGAAACAUCUGUUAAUGGAAGGAUAACAUAUAUUCAUAGUGGCUAUCUUGCUUCAUGUAAAUUGAACAAAAAAUUUUCUUUUUCUGGAAGGUGAAAAUGGUCAUUUUUCAAUGAAAUAUCUAGAUCA